AGACGGUACUUACGGUAACGGGGGACGGACCUCGCGGAGAAGGUGUUUACGGUAACAGGGCCGGGCUCGCGGAGACGGUAUUUACGGUAACGGUGGGCCGGACUCGCGGAGGCCGUCGGCGCGGCCGGCUCGCCGCGUUAUCAGGUGAUCGGCAGCCCAGGCGGCCACCACCCCCUGCACCCGGCGGAAAAUGCAAAAUGGCCCUCCGGGACAGUGAGGGGCCGUGGACCCCCGCCCAGGCCCGCCGCGCCCCCAGCCCGCAACGAGUGAGCGGCAGCGCCGCGCGGGGUCCGGGUGUAGCCCCCUCCCGCCCCUCCGCCUGGGCCCCGGCCUGAGCCCCGCGUCCACAUGGGUCUGUGCUACAGCCUGCGGCCGCUGCUCUUCGGCGACCCGGAGGACGGGGCCCGCGCCGCCGCGGAAGCGCCUGCGGAGGACGCGCGGGCGCCAGACCCCGGCCCCGGCCCGGCCCCGGCCCCCGCCCCCGCCCGGGGCCCGACGGCGCUGGGGGGAGUGGCGGCGCAGACCCCGCUGCCUCGGGGCCCCGGCGGGAGCCCGGCGUGCGCGCGCCCCCGGGCCGCCCCGAAGGAGGAGCGGCGACGGCGUCCGGAGCAGCAGCGGGCGGAGGAGCGCGAGGCGGAGCGCGAGGCCAGGAAGGUCAGCAGGAGCAUCGACCGCAUGCUUCGCGAGCAGAAGCGCGACCUGCAGCAGACGCACCGGCUCCUGCUGCUGGGGGCUGGUGAGUCUGGGAAGAGCACUAUCGUCAAACAGAUGAGGAUCCUGCAUGUCAAUGGAUUUAAUCCCGAGGAAAAGAAACAGAAAAUUCUGGACAUCCGGAAAAAUGUUAAAGAUGCUAUUGUGACAAUUGUUUCAGCGAUGAGUACUAUCAUACCUCCAGUUCCGCUGGCCAACCCAGAAAACCAAUUUCGAUCAGACUAUAUCAAGAGUAUAGCUCCUAUCACCGACUUUGAAUAUUCCCAGGAGUUCUUCGACCAUGUGAAGAAGCUCUGGGAUGAUGAAGGCGUGAAGGCGUGCUUUGAGAGAUCCAACGAGUACCAGCUGAUUGACUGCGCACAAUACUUCCUGGAGAGAAUCGACAGUGUCAGUUUGGUGGACUACACACCCACAGACCAGGACCUUCUCAGAUGCAGAGUACUGACAUCAGGGAUUUUUGAGACCCGAUUCCAAGUGGACAAAGUAAACUUUCACAUGUUUGAUGUCGGAGGCCAGAGGGAUGAAAGAAGAAAAUGGAUCCAGUGCUUUAACGACGUCACAGCUAUCAUUUAUGUCGCAGCCUGCAGCAGCUACAACAUGGUGAUUCGGGAAGAUAACAACACCAACAGGCUCAGAGAGUCCCUGGACCUUUUCGAAAGCAUCUGGAACAACAGGUGGUUACGGACCAUUUCUAUCAUCUUGUUCUUGAACAAACAGGACAUGCUGGCAGAAAAAGUCUUGGCAGGGAAAUCAAAAAUUGAAGAUUAUUUCCCAGAGUAUGCAAAUUAUACUGUUCCUGAAGAUGCAACACCAGAUGCAGGAGAAGAUCCCAAAGUUACCCGAGCUAAAUUCUUUAUCCGAGACCUAUUUUUGAGGAUCAGCACAGCGACAGGGGAUGGCAAACAUUACUGCUAUCCACACUUCACCUGCGCCGUGGACACCGAGAACAUUCGCAGGGUGUUCAACGACUGCCGUGACAUCAUCCAGAGGAUGCACCUCAAACAGUACGAACUCUUGUGAGGCAGCCCUGGAGGAGGUGGGCGUGCCUUCUCACACCUCUCUCCGCCUGCCUCUCCUCCCUUGGCCACCCUGCCAGGUGGAACAUUUAUUUCAGGACCAUUUGUCAGCCCCAAGCCAUGGUAGGGAGCUCCCAGUUUCAUCCGGCUGCCACCUGUCCUGUUUUCUGUUGGCUCCUGUGUGACCACCAAGCCGCUGGCUACCUCUGUUCCCCUCAGGUUUGGUUUGUAGCUUUUGUUUUCACUGAGCACAAUCUUCUGCAGCCCCACGCCCACCAAUUUGUGUCACUGCAAACCACCACACUCUCUCACAUGGGUGGUACCUCAGUGGUCUCUCUGGGUGGGGGCCCCUUUUCUUCAUCCACUCAGUGCUUUAGUAAUCCAGCAGGAACUUGAUAAAUGGGGGAGAAAUGGCACAUUUUUCUGAAUUACCAAGCAUGAUCGUAGAGGCAGGGGUACAGGGGGGAAGCCACAUGCUUGGCGCUGCUAGCUUUAUGAAGCUGCGGGCGGACAAGUGGCCGCCCCUUCUGAGCUGCAUUGGCCCAUGAGCUGGAAUAGACCUCAAGUCACAGAGUGGAGAGAAACCCUUUCUCAGUCCUAUUUGAGUCGCUGCCAACCUCACACAUCAAAUUAGACCUACUUUGAGCCUUUUACAUUUAGGCAGAAACCUACCACACGCACCUCUGCAAAGUGUGUCCUGUCUAAAAAUGAUCCUCUAGACUUUGACUAUGCUUGGACAAGAGUCUCCUUCCAUAUAUUGUUGUUUUUUUGCUGGUUUAUUAUAACUGUACAGACCACAAGAUGUAAUAUUAUUUUAUAUAACUACUUAAAAAAAUCCUUGUAGAUCUUUGUGCCUUGAUUAUGGCUAUAUCUGUAAAAGUAAUGUGUUUAUUGUGCUGAACAGCUAAAUGUCAACAUUACCUGCUGCUUGCUCUAAAAAAGAGAAUGGUAUCUGUAGAAUUUAGGAUAUUUUAUCAGGUUAGUACUUUUGAAAAUAUCCUUGAUUUAAUACACACACACACACACACACAUAUAUAAAUUAUACACAUUAAUCAUUCACAUCUUACAAAUAAUUUGUACCCACAUCACAAGCUUCUUUCAGAAACCAAGGAUUUUUUUCCUCUUGACAAUAUGUCUUUUGAUUAUUUUGCAAUCUAAAGACUUCUACAAGCUCUCUGAGGGGAAAC